CUCUUCUUCAAUCGUCGACUCUAGAAACUGAUUCCUAGAAACUAGAAAGAAAAGGAAAGAACAACAUUGAAAAGUUACCGUUAAACAAUCUCCAGAAAAGCGCUCUUCGACUCUUCUCUCCCACUUGAAUAUCACCAAGAAACUACUCCAUUUUACGAAAGGUUGAAACCUAUGGCGAACAUGAACGCUCUUCAACAGAUGAUUUUCCCUGACGAGAACGCUCCGAUUCAUCGCAAAAAGUCUGUUACUGCUGCUUCUGUAAAAACCAAAGGACCUGUACUUGGUCAGAAGAAACCCGGAGCUGCUCGUAAGGCUCUGAAUGAUAUUACAAACAAGUCCGGGAUUCAUCCGAAAGCUUCUUCUAAGAACAAGCAAAUCGCUUCUUCUGCUUCUGCAAAAAGCGAGAUCAACAUAGCCGGGGAGAGGUUCUUGCAUGAUCACAGCAAAUGCAUCAAAGAGCAGCAAAAUCUCUGGGAUGAUCAUGCUGAUCUUCUUCUACUUCACCAUGAUUCCAGCAUCAAGGAAAAGCAUCUCAAGUUUGACAUAGAAAUGAUGGAUGCUAAGAACAAUCUGACUUACGACGAAGCAGAAGAGAUUCCAUCGCCCAAGUUGACUGGUUGGCUGAAUAGCUCAACUCCAUGGCGCUCCCCAAUACGAAGACAUGGCUCUACGAUGAUGCCUUCCACUCCUCUGCCUUGGCGGUUCGAUUCAGCUGAAUUCACACUCAAGGAAGACUAUGAUGACGACCUCUUCUGAUUUUCCUGUUUCUUUUUUGAAAUAUUUCAUCCUUCAGGCAUCUUUUUAAUAUUCAUGUUUAAACUCUUGUAAUAAUACCAUAACGGUAAUAUGCUUCUUGCAUUGCACCUACCUAAAUGAUUUGUGUUGAAUUUCAAAUAGAUCAGAUAAAUAAGAAACAUAACUUUUU